AUGCAACAGACAGAACUUGUCCUAGGAAUCCGUUCAAACUAUGGUGUAAAUAUAAAGGGAAUUUCUGUAGGCAACAAAAUUCUUAAAUUCCCAGAUGAAGUGUGGGAUGUGAAGAGUGGUGGAGGGAUGAUUCUUGAUUCCGGUACAACUGCAACUCUUUUGACAGAACCUGCUUAUGAACCUGUAAUGGCAACCCUAACACCGUCAUUAAAGAAAUUUGCAAGAUCAAAUCUCACUAUUGGACCGUUCGAAUUCUGCUUUGAUCAGACGGGAUAUAAUGAAUCUUUGGUGCCAAGAUUGGCGUUUCAUUUUGCAGAUGGAGUACAGUUUGAACCCCCAGUAGAAAAUUAUGUGAUUGAUGUGAGUGAUGGGGUAAAAGUGCCAGGGAUUUGUUCAAAUACCUUGGCCUGA